UUUGGAGUUAUCGAGAACCCCCGCCCCUCCAUGCACGUUAUAUAGUAAAACCUAGACACCAACAGGCCAAUAUCUGGCUAACCAUUCGAACCAUCAGACUGUCUUUAUUAUGAAAGGCGACAUGGAGAGCCUGCCUAAGAUGGACCCCUCCAAUGACCACAGUCGGCCCCUGGACAUUGUGCCACGGAGCGAUGAGAAGAUGAAGGAGAGGGGCCAGUGGGGAAACAAGGUGGAGUUUGUCCUUUCUGUUGCCGGGGAGAUCAUAGGACUGGGCAAUGUGUGGCGCUUCCCUUACCUGUGCUACAAGAACGGAGGAGGUGCUUUCUUCAUCCCCUACCUCAUCUUCCUGUUCACCUGUGGAAUACCAGUGUUCUUCCUGGAGACAGCCCUGGGACAGUUCACCAGCGAGGGAGGCAUCACCUGCUGGAGGAAGAUCACUCCACUGUUUGAAGGAGUGGGAUACGCCACACAAGUCAUUGUGGCUCUGUUGAACUUCUAUUACAUCAUUGUCCUGGCCUGGGCCAUCUUCUACCUGUCCUACUCCUUCACCUGGGACCUGCCCUGGGCCUCCUGCAACAACACAUGGAACACAGAUUCCUGCAUGGAGUUCCAGAGGAGGAAUGGCUCUUUCAAUCAGCCACGUCUGAACGCCACGUCUCCUGUCAUUGAGUUCUGGGAACGGAGGGUUCUGCGUAUCUCCUCUGGCAUAGAUCAUAUAGGAUCUCUCAACUGGGACCUGGUUCUGUGUCUGGCCAUAGCCUGGGUACUAGUCUACUUCUGUAUCUGGAAGGGAGUCAAGUCCACUGGAAAGGUGGUAUAUUUCACAGCUACCUUCCCCUACAUCAUGCUGUCUAUCCUGCUCAUCAGAGGGGUCACCCUGCCUGGAGCCUUCAUAGGAAUCAAGUUCUACCUCUACCCAGACCUGGGCCGCCUGUCAGAUCCACAGGUAUGGAUGGAUGCAGGGACUCAGAUCUUCUUCUCCUAUGCCAUCUGUCUGGGGUGUCUGACUGCUCUGGGAAGCUACAACAAGUACAAUAACAACUGCUACAGAGAUUGCUUGGCGCUAUGCUUCCUGAACAGUGGGACCAGCUUUGUGGCAGGCUUUGCCAUCUUCUCCAUCCUGGGCUUCAUGUCUUACGAGCAGAACGUGCCCAUCUCAGAGGUGGCAGAAUCUGGUCCUGGUCUGGCCUUCAUAGCCUACCCCCGUGCAGUGUCUAUGAUGCCCUUCUCUCCUCUCUGGGCCUGUUUCUUCUUCAUCAUGAUUGUCUUUUUGGGUCUGGACAGCCAGUUUGUGUGUGUGGAGAGUCUGGUGACGGCCAUGGUGGACAUGUAUCCUAAAACCUUUCGGCGUAAGAACCGCAGAGAGCUCUUCAUCUUGGCGGUGGCCAUUGUCUCCUUCCUCAUGGGUCUCAUCAUGCUGACAGAGGGAGGCAUGUACGUCUUCCAACUCUUUGACUACUAUGCUGCCAGUGGGACGUGCCUGCUCUUUGUGGCUGUCUUUGAGACUGUUUGCAUUGCUUGGAUUUAUGGUGCUGACCGUUUCUAUGACAACAUUGAGGACAUGAUUGGCUACCGUCCCGGACCUAUUAUCAAAUACUGCUGGAUGUUCUUCACUCCUGCUACCUGCUUAGGUACCUUUGCCUUCUCCCUGAUCAAGUACACCCCUCUGAAGUACAACAAUGAGUAUGUGUACCCUUGGUGGGGCUACUGCCUGGGCUGGCUCCUGGCCCUGUCCUCCAUGCUCUGUGUUCCCCUCUGGGUGGUCAUCAAAAUGUGUUCUGUGGAAGGCACCUUGAAAGAGCGCUUUACAAUCCUGACCACGGCAUCCACUGACUUACCUAAAACCAAGAAGGAGCAGGAGAAGCUGCUGGCCAUCUUUCCUGGCGAUGGGGACAGCCUCCGUCAGAGACACCCUCCCACCAAGGAAGGCUACUUCCCCGUCAACGAGAAGGAGUCCAACUGCUAGAGCUAGGAGCGUGGACCCAGACCCUCUGAGGUCCCAUGUCCAUUCCCUUGACAUGGCCUCUCCUCAACGAUACCUCAUAACUGCACAACUGCGGCCAAAUGAGCACGGAUGCAGUGACACUGGUGCUGCUGUGCCUUAGCUCUUUCUCCCCUGCAAGGUCUAUCAGAGACAGUACAGACUACUGCUUCAGAUGCUGUCCUGUUGUUAAGUCGUGUACACUUUUAUGUUUACACACUCAAUGCUACUGGCUCUCCGCCAUCUACACUUCCAUCCACGGGAGAGUCGGUCUCUCCACUUCUCUCUCCCACUGUUGCCUUGUCAACCACGAACUUUAGCUGUGUUUUGCUGAUUUCUUUCACCAAUGGCUAAAGUUGAGCAGACAUUGAAAUGGUGUGAUUCAGUGAUUUGUUAUAUGUCCAUUGUGGUUGAGACUUGAGAAUGUUUGUCUGAUGAUCGCACCUGCUUUCUAAGGAAGUAUCUUUUAUUUUCAUUUUUUUCAUGGACAUCUCUCGGGCAUAUGUGUACACAAUUUGCUAUGAUUAAGUAUUAUUUUAGUGCAUCAUGUCGAACUCGCUGCAGUCAUAUGAGUUGAAUGUAAUACAUCAUUCUAAUCAAUAUGUUUGUUAAUUUACCUGUUAAACCUUAACUGACAUUUCUACAUGACACAUGGAGGAAUCAGAUAGGCAUAUGCCAACAUGUCAUUGUGGUUACAAUAAGUAAUACAUCAUUUAAAGGCCCAGUGCAGUCAAAAACUAGAUUUUCCUGUGUUUUAUAAACAUUUCCACACAACGAGGUUGUAAUAAUACUGUGAAAUUGUGAAAAUGCUUAUAAUGCCUUUUUAGUGUAAAAGCUGUUUGAAAAGACCACCUAGAAUUUCAGCCUGUUUUGUUGACAUUGCCAGUUGAGUUAAUAGACCAAUAAGAAAGAGAGUUCCAAACCACUCUGCCAAUAACAGCCAGUUGUCAGUUUUCCUCUCCCCGGUCAGACCACUCCCAGACAGUCCAAGAAAAAGUAUUGCUUGAAAAAUUGUUCUUAGCUAAGAAGCUAUUUUUGUUUCUUUUUGACCAUCUUUAAUUGAAAACAAUCAUUGUAUGGUACUUCAUUGUUACCUAGAAAUGACUUGAUAUUGUUAUAAAAAUGACUGCAUUGGACCUUUAACAAUUUCUCAUACGAACACUGUGACUUCAGAUUGAAAUAUGUGCAUGUGCUAAAAUGUAAUAUCUUGUAAUAUAUUUAAGAUCCAGAUUUAUGUCACAAAGAAAUCUGAAGCCCACCUGAAGUGCAAGUGUCUCUGUUUCUAUUGUAGUAACCUGUAGGGGACUAACUAGUAGGCUAUGCUAGCCUGAGGUUGUUGUUUGAGAUUCGGAUGGAGUCAGACUUCCUGUAAAUGUAUUGCAUUUGAUUCAAAAAGCUUACUUGGAGAUAUAAUAAUUGUGUAUUAGCAUUUUAAUCACAGUCUUAUGUCAGUUUUUAUUCUGAAAUGGUAUACAAUAUAUAUUUUUAAGCUGUAUACCAUGUCCAAUAUGUGAUAAAGCACAUGGUAAACAUGGUUUACAAACUAGUGAAGUAUGGAUUGUGUUCCAAAAAAAAAUGUUGUGCAACAUUUUUGCAUUGGAAAUCAUUGGACCGUACAACAGUAUACCGCCAUAGUGAGCAGUUUAGAGGUGACAGACCAGAACUUGAGUUUCAUACCUUUUAUGUUCACACACACGGUGCUAGAUAGUCUUUGUUAUUUGCUUGUAUUGUCUAUUCAUUAAUUCAUUAUCUGCUUUUCCUUAGCGAACAAUAACUUUGAACAGUAUAAGCUCUUACACUUCCAGUAUGUGUUUGUCAGGCCAUGUCUAGUCAAGUGCAAAGCUGAACACCGUUCACAUGCAUCAUUACAACUGACAUUGUAAAAUACAAAUAUUUGUAUUAAAAGUUUUAAAAUAAA